CGACGAGUUUGGGCGAAAACGAGUACGAGCCACAAGUGCCGGUGGCCACCACCAUCAUGCAGCUACUAGUUCAGAUCUUGUCGCAGCACCAGGAGACAUCAGGUCACAUAGAGGAGGAGGCGCGCUUGCAGCUGUCUCUACUUCUACCGGUACAGCAACCUCCUCCUCUUCCGCAGGAGGGCAAACUACUAGCAGUAAGCAGGCAAAAGCCAAAGCGGCCUUGGUUAUGAAAGGCUUAGGCACUGACAACGCGGUGCUGUAAUUAAUAUAAAUAAAAUAGUAGAGCAGGCAUCUACAUCUUCUGCCCUGCCUUCUCCUGUGAGUUUCUGGGAGCAUUCAGAUUGGAUCAGUCGGAGAUCACUCGUAAAUGUUGAGCUUACUCACUGUAAAGUUGUUUCGUGAAGAUCCACCGUACCUACAAAAUACAAGCUCUAAGCUGACACGACUCUAUGGAGUGAAAAAGACCGAGAAACCGCGGCAGAGAAGUAAACCGCGGCAGAGAAGCCGCAGUCGGGAAAGGCGAAGAUGACAUCACAACAUUGUUGUCGUUGAGACACCACUGGUUUGAAGUGGAC